UGGAGUCUCAAAAUCAAAUUCCGUUUACCAAUUUUCAAACUAAAAAAUAAAAUAAAAAAAAACUCAGAGAGCCUCAAGUUUCAGCUUGCGGCUAAGAUUAAAAGUCAUCAUCAACAAUUUGAGAGAGAUUCGUGUCUUUUUAAUAUCUGAAACCCUUCCCUCUAUAGCGCUCCACACGAAGAUUUUCUUUUCUUGCGUGUUUUUUCUCGGGAAAGGGAGAAAAAAAAACCUCCGGGAAAAUCUGAUGGACGCAGCUUCAAGUUUUCUGUGCAGAAGCAUUCGGAUUCCCUCGACGGCGUUCACCUUCACUCGACCGCCGGUGAGUUACGUCUGUCUCGUCUCCGAUAAGAGAGACGGCGUUCGCGUUUCCCCGACGCGGAAGGUCUUUUGCAGCGGCGGUUCUAGUGCGACGAAGAGGAAGCCUCGCAGGAAAAGUAACGUUUCCGAUAAACUUAGGCCUAGGAAAGUGGAGAAGAGGAAGGAUACUGAAUCUGUGAGUGUUAGCAGUGAAACUUGUGUUGUCGAGGAACCGAAGGAGAAGGGUAAAGAGCUGAGUCUCCGCGCUUUGAAUCAAAACGGUGAUCCCUUGGGGCGGAGAGAUCUAGGGAGGAACGUGGUGAAGUGGAUUAGCCAAGCCAUGAAGGCGAUGGCCUCUGACUUGGCAAACGCGGAGGUUCAGGGUGAGUUCUGGGAGCUAAGGCAGAACGCUGGUUCGGGUUUGACGUUUGUGAUUCAGGCUCAGCCCUAUCUCAACGCCAUUCCUAUGCCACUCGGCCUUGAGGUCAUCUGUAUGAAGGCUUGCACCCAUUAUCCUACCUUGUUCGAUCAUUUCCAGAGGGAGUUGCGUGAUGUUCUCCAAGACCUGGAGAGCAAGAACGUCUUGGAGAAUUGGAAGGAGACUCAGUCUUGGAAGCUGCUCAAGGAGAUAGCUAAUUCAGCUCAGCAUAGAGAGGUUGCUCGCAAAGCUCAUCAACCAAAGCCUGUUGCUGGAGUUUUUGGGAUGGACUCAGAGAAGGUGAAGGCUAUACAAGCAAGGAUUGAUGAGUUCACCAGCCGCAUGUCGCAGUUACUUCAAGUGGAACGAGAUACGGAGCUGGAGGUUACACAGGAGGAACUAGAUGUUAUCCCUACUCCUGAUGAGAGCUCGGAUUCCUCCAAACCGAUCGAGUUCUUGGUUAGGCACGGUGAAGCUCCGCAGGAACUUUGUGACACUAUUUGCAACUUGUAUGCAGUUAGUACCUCCACAGGGCUCGGAGGUAUGCACUUGGUGUUGUUUAAGGUUGGGGGCAACCAUCGUCUACCUCCUACAACACUUUCCCCUGGUGACAUGGUUUGCAUAAGAAUUUGUGACAGUAAGGGUGCUGGAGCAACUUCUUGUACGCAGGGGUUUGUUCACAACCUUGGAGAUGAUGGGUGCAGCAUUGGCGUGGCUCUAGAAUCUCGUCAUGGAGAUCCUACUUUCUCCAAGCUCUUUGGAAAGAGUGUCAGAAUUGAUCGUAUUCAUGGGUUGGCCGAUGCUCUCACUUAUGAGCGUAACUGUGAAGCCCUAAUGCUUCUGCAGAAGAAUGGGCUGCAGAAGAAAAAUCCAUCAAUUUCUGUAGUGGCGACAUUAUUUGGGGACGGGGAAGAUAUCACAUGGCUGGAGCAGAAUGAUUAUGUAGACUGGAGUGAAGCGGAGUUGAGUGAUGAGCCAGUGGGAAAGUUAUUCGACGAUUCCCAACGGAGAGCCAUAGCGCUGGGAGUAAACAAAAAGAGACCGGUUAUGAUAGUUCAAGGACCUCCUGGUACUGGAAAGACUGGAAUGCUCAAGGAGGUCAUCACCCUAGCUGUUCAGCAGGGAGAAAGAGUACUUGUAACAGCACCUACUAAUGCAGCUGUUGACAACAUGGUCGAGAAGCUCUCACAUCUUGGGCUAAACAUUGUCCGAGUCGGAAAUCCUGCAAGAAUAUCAUCCGCUGUUGCUUCGAAGUCUCUGGGGGAAAUUGUGAACUCCAAGCUCGCAAGCUUUCGGGCAGAACUGGAAAGGAAGAAGUCAGAUUUAAGAAAAGAUCUUCGGCAAUGCCUGAGGGAUGAUUCUCUUGCUGCUGGUAUUCGACAGCUUUUGAAACAGCUUGGAAAGGCGUUGAAGAAGAAGGAAAAAGAAACUGUGAAGGAAAUUCUAUCAAAUGCCCAGGUUGUUUUCGCCACUAACAUUGGAGCAGCUGAUCCUUUGAUUAGGAGGUUGGAAACAUUUGAUUUGGUUGUUAUAGAUGAAGCUGGUCAGUCUAUCGAGCCUUCAUGCUGGAUUCCAAUAUUGCAAGGGAAACGUUGCAUUCUUGCUGGUGAUCCAUGCCAAUUAGCACCAGUUGUUCUAUCACGUAAAGCUUUAGAAGAUGGGCUUGGUGUAUCCUUACUGGAACGAGCUGCAUCUUUACAUGAUGGGCUUCUUUCGACAAAGUUAACAACUCAGUAUCGUAUGAAUGAUGUAAUCGCUGGCUGGGCAUCAAAGGAGAUGUAUGGUGGAUGGUUGAAAUCUGCUCCAAGUGUGGCCUCUCAUCUGCUUAUCGAUUCUCCUUUUGUGAAGCCUACUUGGAUAACGCAAUGCCCGCUGCUUCUCCUCGACACAAGAAUGCCAUAUGGGAGUUUGUCGAUGGGUUGCGAGGAGCGUCUAGAUCCAGCUGGUACAGGCUCAUUAUACAAUGAAGGAGAAGCAGAUAUUGUGGUUAAUCACGUCAUCUCGUUGAUUUAUGCAGGGGUUAGUCCAAUGGCUAUAGCCGUUCAAUCCCCAUAUGUUGCUCAGGUGCAGCUUCUCAGAGAAAGGCUGGAUGAUUUUCCAGUUGCUGAUGGAGUUGAGGUCGCAACCAUUGACAGCUUUCAAGGACGGGAGGCUGAUGCAGUGAUCAUAUCAAUGGUACGGUCCAACAACCUAGGUGCAGUGGGAUUCCUAGGGGAUAGCAGAAGGAUGAACGUAGCCAUAACAAGAGCCCGGAAGCACGUGGCGGUGGUAUGUGAUAGCUCAACAAUCUGCCACAACACAUUCCUUGCAAGGCUGUUGCGUCACAUACGCUACUUCGGAAGAGUGAAACAUGCGGACCCAGGUAGCUUGGGUGGUUCAGGACUAGGCUUGGACCCGAUGUUGCCUUACCUUGGCUAAACUCCGCCAAACAUACAAUGUAAGUACUACCAACAACAAGAAAACCAAAAACUUCUUUUCUCUCUCUCUCUCUCUAUCUUGGUGUAAUAUGUUUCCAUGGCGAGUUGUUCCUUGUACAGGAAAAGAUUUGUUAUCAGUUGUCGUUACCACAGAAAGUAAUCUGUAUAUGAAAAGACAGAAAUAUUCAUGUAUAUUUUAUACAAUUGGUGUGGCGUCAUAUUUUACCACAUAUCCACUAA